CCUUAUUUGUUUUAAAUGAUUGGAAAAAAAAAAUCUCUAUUCUCCUGUGCCAAACGGCUCCUAAUUCGUUGUCACUUAAGUUCUAUACUUCUAUUCACAAACAUAAACCCUAGAUCCCCAAUCCUCUUUACCUCAGCACGGAUUGGACUGCCACCCAACUCACCACCGUAGUAAGCUCCGCUAAGGCUGUCACUAAUUGCCAAUCACCGCCGCCGGUCUUCUCUUACCAUCGCCUGUCUCACUGUCUGUUUCUAGUGUGGGAUGGUUGCCCGCUAGUUCAUAUCACAAGACAGAAGCUAAAUUCCCUGUUAUCAAAUGGCGGAGGCAAGUGAGCAAGACAAGGCUGAACAAGUAUGCAGCUUCUUUAGAAAACCUAUGAAGAACAAAAACAUUAGAAAACGAGCUGUUGAUGAAAAUGAGGAUGAGGAUGAUGAUGUGAAAACUGAGGGUUCCGUAUUGACUAGUGCUAAAAGGCCUGUCAAGGCAGACAACAAACUAUUCUUUACAACUGGAGCUUCCAAACAUUCAGCAUCUGCUGAAUCGUCCAAGGACUCGAAGAAUAUCUUGUUUAAAUACGAGUCUUCAAAACAAAUUCAAGUCCAGAAUGAUAGUAAAGCAACCGCUACACUCGAAACUGAGACAGAUAUCUCCAGAGAUGCCAGAGCCAUUCGAGAACGUGCUCUCAAGAAAGCGGAGGAAGCCUUAAAGGGCAAGAAUAAGCCAUCUGGUGAUGAAAAGGUAUACAAGGGUAUUAAUAAUUACACUGAUCAUAGAGCAGGUUUCCGUCGUGAACAAACUGUUGCUGCUGAGAAAGCUGGUGGGGCUCAUGGGCCUCUUAGGGCUUCUGCUCAUAUAAGAGUUUCUGCUAGAUUUGACUAUCAACCAGACAUAUGCAAGGACUACAAAGAAACUGGCUACUGUGGCUAUGGUGACUCGUGUAAGUUUAUGCAUGACCGUGGAGAUUAUAAAUCAGGAUGGCAGAUGGAAAAGGAGUGGGAGGAAGCUGAAAAAACAAGAAAGAGAAAUUUGGCUUUGGGGGGCCAUGAUAGUGAUGAGGAAAAUGCUGAGCAUGACGAGGAAGAUGAGGAUGAUUCUUUGCCAUUUGCCUGUUUUAUUUGUAGGCAACCAUUUGUAGAUCCGGUAGUAACAAAAUGCAAACACUACUUUUGUGAGCAUUGUGCUCUGAAGCAUCAUUCCAAGAACAAAAAGUGCUUUGUAUGCAACCAGCCAACCCUAGGAAUCUUCAACACUGCGCACGAGAUACGUAAAAGGAUGAAAGCAGACAAAAAAUGAAUGGACUUGUAUUAGUAGAUUAUAAAGAUCAUGGAAUGUUUAUAGAUGAUGAACUCAAACUGUUGUAGAUUGCCAUAACAUGACCUUUGAAUGUCUAAAUAUAUGGAGUCUUGAGAUAGCGACAAUGAAACGAAGCUUUUCGGAGCAUCACAAAUCCAAGGUUCUGUCAAA